CGACCAGUGUAUGGGUCCAUUCCAAAGCCCUUCCUUCGCUCGACCCGUAGUAGUCGGCCAUCUAGCAUCUCCAUACUCUGUAAACGGUGAUGUCCGAGUGAGCAUCUCCGAGAACUCGGACAUUGUCUUCAGUCUGGAAUUCGCGGGGAGAAAGGGUAAGAUUCCGAGUCUAUCGGAGUUAAGAGGCCCCCCAGAAUUACCCCGCUUAAUGAGUGAGGCGUGUGUUAGUGUAUCGUCGCCUGAUACGAUGUGGUGCUUGAGACCGGGGAGGAUUAUAGCGUCGUUUGUAG